AAAACUCCCAAAUCCAAGAACCACCUGCACCCUGAAGCUAAAGCUCGCAGAGGCCGAGCAGCCGCAGAAGAUGGCCGCGCUCCUGGGCGUCCUCCUCGCGGCCUUCCUCGCCGCCGCCGGCGGCUACGCGCUCAGCCUGCUCCACUCCUUCCUGUGGGUCCCGCGCCGCCUGGAGCGGCGGUUCCGCGGCCAGGGCAUCCGCGGCCCGCCGCGCCACCUGCUCUCCGGCAACGCCGCCGACUACCGGGCGCUGCACGCCGCCGCCCAGUCCACGCCGCUCGCGUCCUUCCACCACGCCGUCGUCGACCGCGUCGCGCCGCACUACCGCGAGUGGCCGAAGCGCUACGGCCGGCCGUUCCUGUUCUGGCUCGGGCCCCGGCCGCGGCUGGUGGUCUCCGACCCCGAGGCCAUGAGGGCCGUGCUGACCGACACGGGGACCUUCGUGAAAAUCGGGCCCGGCGCGAACAACCCGCUCGCGAAGCAACUCUUCAGCGAGGGCCUGGUGGGCCUCUCCGGGGAGACGUGGGCGCGCCACCGCCGCGUGAUCGCGCCGGCGUUCAACAUGGAGAGGGUCAAGGGAUGGGUUCCAGAAAUAACAGCUAUCAUAUCAUCCAUGCUGGAUAAAUGGGAAGUUAAAGAUCAAGCACGCUCUGAGUUUGAGAUAGAUGUAAACAAAGAAUUCCACACUUUGAUUGCUGAUGUCAUUUCCUGUGUGGCAUUUGGAAGUAGCUAUGAGGAAGGGAAGCGAGUUUUCCAAUUGCAGGAUGAGCAGCAAAACCUGGUACUUCUUGCACUGAGGAGUGUGUAUAUUCCUGGCUUCAGGUUUGUGCCAACAAAGAAGAACCGAAGAAGGCAUGCGCUAAACCAGGAAAUCCGGAAUUCCUUGCGUAAAUUGAUCGAGAUCAAUGGAAGGAAGUGUGAGGAUUCCAACAACUUGCUUGGGAUGAUGUUAUCAGCUAGUAAAAAUGGCAGCGAGUUCAGAAUGGGAAUCGAAGAAAUAAUUGACGAAUGCAAGACAUUUUACUUCGCCGGGAAAGAAACAACGGCCACAUUGUUGACAUGGGCGACUCUUCUUCUAGCUCUACACCAAGAGUGGCAAAGCAAGGCUCGCGACGAAGUGCUUCAAGUGUGUGGCAAGCACGAUCACCCGAAAGCGGAAAACCUGAGUGAUCUCAAAAUCGUAAACAUGGUGAUAAAAGAAACCCUCAGGCUGUAUCCUCCGGCUGUGCUUCUCAACAGGACGGCCAUCAGGGAUGUGAAGCUGGGCAAGCUCGACGUUCCGGCUGGCACGCAGAUCCAGCUGCCCGUCCUUGACAUCCACCACGACGUGAGCAUUUGGGGACCCGACGCAGAUGCGUUCGAUCCGUCAAGGUUCGCAGAGGGCAGGAGCUACCACCUCGGCGCGUACUUCCCCUUCGGGAUCGGCCCCACCAUCUGCGUCGGCCAGAACCUCGCGAUGGUCGAGGCGAAGGUCGCCCUCGCGAUGAUCCUCCAGCGCUUCGCGUUGGUGGUCUCGCCGUCCUACGUCCACGCGCCGAUGCUCAUGCUCACGCUCCAGCCCCAGUAUGGCGCUCAGGUUCUUGUCCACAAGAUCUGAGACCUUCGAUUGAUCUCUCUGUAUGGAUUUCCUGUGUGUUCUUGCAAUAAGGUAUUGUGAUUUGUGAAUGUUGUGUGUUCAGUGUUCUAUGUGUCUUCGUGAGCGGUUUUGAAAGGACGGCUCCAGCUUGUCUGAACGUUCGUUCUCUCAGAAAUGGGGCGAGGCGUCGUUAAAUCUGGAAUUUGCUGGAGGCAAUGAUAGAUUAGUGCCUUUUAGUGGGAGCAGUUACUGUGUAGUAGUACAGACUACUCUUGGUACCUACAGAUAUGCACAGAAAAUAAAAUGGUUUCAACACUUGCAAAUCUUGCUGAAAUCUACUGAUACAAAAU